ACACUUUUAGGGUACAUUUCAGCGCUAAAUUCAAAAAGGGGGCAGCAUGGCGAUACAUACACACAUCUUGUUAAUAUGGGCUCUUUGUCCGUAGAACAGUGCGGCACUGGCACUAUGACGUUUCCAGAGUAUUGGAGUAAAAAGCCCUCCCACUCCUCUAUUGCUCACCACUACUCCUCUAUUGCCCACACCACCCUGCUAUGGCAGUAUGUAUCUUCUCUACCACUCGCUCUUGCCCACACCAUGCCGGUGUUCACUAUGGUUGUAAGGAUCUUCUCUGCCACUCCCAGAACUCUUUCCCCCAAUGCCACACGCACUCGCCACAGCCCACACCACUCGUGCGAAGUCCAGCCUGUGCCAGGUAGGUUUCCAGUAAGGGUAGACUGAUGCUGCCAUGGCAUUUCAAGGAGCGUCACGGUUUCCCACGGCUUCCCACGGCCUCUCGCGGCUUCUCACGGCUUCUCGUUAUUUCUGGUGCACUGGGUGCAAACACAACCGGACUGCACCAAUGCCACCAACGGCAAUGCCAAUACCACUUACGGCAAUAUCAACACCAAAUGUCACCUGCACUGCACUCCGG